UAAUAGUAAAAUCUACAAUAAUCAACUUUCUUCAUUUGGCUUUACCAAGAUAAGUAUACUUUAAGAGAACAUGAGAAAUAUGAGCAUAGGUUGAUCAUUUUCCAUCCAAUUUGAUCACAGCCGAUCUAAUUUCCUGUCUGCUUCCCCAUAAACCUGGAUUCAUCUUUAGUGCCAACACGUAAACAGUUAUCUUUCAAUUUUUACUUUCUUAACCUUUAGAACUGUAACUCUUUUGCACAAACCCAAAGGUGCUGUUAGCUCUCCAGUAUCUCACUCAGAAUUCACAUCAGGAAUAGUGAAUAAGUCUAGGCUGCUUUUGGAGAGCAUCUCAAUUGUUCCUGGUCCCUAUAAAUACCUCUAAUUUCCCUCUUCCCUGAUUCAGUCCAAGGAAGGGUCUUGACCCGAAACGUCGCCUAUUACUUUUCUCCAGAGGUGCUGUCUGAUCUGCUGAGUUACUCCAGCAUUUUGUGUUUAUCUUCCCAAUAAAUACCAUAUUGUUUGCAAAUCCUAAUAUAAAUUUUCCAUCUGCCCUGAUUAUUAUAUAGACUUGUUUUCAUGCUGCGAAAGGUUAUAGAGUUUGCAUUUUCAUUCCUUGACUUAGCUGAGCGAGAGUGAUUCUAUAUUACUUUUGUUAUCCCUUGUUUCACAGUUGUUUCUGAUGUGAAGGAAUAUUACAGAAUUAACAUUAGCGGAGGCAAUUUUUCAAAAUGGUAAGCUGCCAUCUUGUGGCAUACUGUGCUGGAAUAAUUGAUUUGCAGAUUUUCAUUAAAAUUUACUUAUCUGGAUAAAAGUCUUUAUCUUUGAGUAAGUUAUAGGGGGAGGAGGUUGCAAAUUAUGGAUAUCUGGGUAGUAAAGAUUGAUGAUACAAUAGUAUAUUCUAUAUGGUGUUAUUAUUGUCUUCCUGGCACUUGUUUACUGUACAGCUCAGGGAAUUUGGGUAUGUGUAAUAGAUUACUAAACAGUGAUCUGUCACGUGAAUAAGGAGGAUCUUUUUAAGGUGGGUUUUUGCAUCAAAAGCCUUGUAUUGCAUGGACUUCCCACUUCACUGGUUACCAAGAUGAAUUAAAUGUUUGGAGUUAAAAUAAUAAAAUGUUACAACAGACUGUCUUACAAAAUUCUUUAAUUGAACAUUUUUUUUUUUCCAGAGGUACAUCAAAGUAAGUUGCAUUCAGGUAAAAUGUGUGGAACAAUACAAAAGGGUGUAAUUUGAAAGAUUCAAUGUAUAAUGGCAUUAGAAAAGUCAAAGCAGGAAAUGUAAAUAACUUUGAUUAAGAUGUGACUGCAGUAAAUGGACCAUAAAUUGUACGCAAUUGUCAUUUUCUUGAUUAAAGAUGAGUUGUAAUGUGAUUAGUGGCGUGUACCAGUCCGAGAACAGGUUGCCUUCAUUUGGUUUAUUCCAUUGCUACAGUAAAUUUAAGGAGUGACAUAAUAAAGGUGUAUUUAUUUAUUCAUUGUUCAGAAUCUGGGUGUGGCAGACAAAGCCAGCUUUCUCGCCCAUCCUCCGAUGCUUUUGAGCUGAGUAGCUAUUUGUUUUGGUAUUUAAGAGUCAGUCACAUUAGUGAGUCACCUGUUGACUCGACUGUAUUAGGGUGGCUGAUUAGCAGUCCUUAAAGCCAUUUGGAAACCACACGAGUUUUCGUAAUAAUCUGGUGUUUCUGUGGUCAGCGGUAGUUCUUGCUCUUUAAAAUUCAACAAUUUGUUUUGGUUGCAAUGUCAGUGGGAUUUGAAUCAGGUCUUUAGAUUUGAUAAGGUAAAUGCAGAAAAAAACAUUUUCUCCGAUUGAAGCAAAAAUACUACAGGUGUGAGAAAUCUGAAAGGAGAACAUAAAAAUGGCGACAACACUCGGAGGAGUGAUUGACCUGAAAUAUUUUCUCAUUUUAAAUAAUGUUUUAAAGUUUAAAAUAAAAAUUGAGGGUUUACUUUUGAUGGGGACGCACUGCCUUCGUUAAAGAUAGUAGAAAUUGAAAACUUUCUGCCAUGGCAAAGUGGAAAGUAGGAUAAUUAAAUAUUUCAAAACUAAGAACAUCAAAUUUGAGACUCAUGCGGGUAACAGAGUGACCCGUUGUAAUGUUUAAUUCCAAGACGUCUUUAAUCAUGAAUAUAAAAGCCGACUAUCAUGGACACUAUGCAGAUCAAAGUUUAUCAAUUCAACGCUUUAAAGUGUAGGUUGGUAAGGUUAAUGCUAGUAACCUGACGUUCUUUGCGUGCUUAAAAUUAAAAAAAAACAUGCACGCUGUCGUCAAGGGCGGGGAUACGUUUCUCUUCCCCGCCUGACGUUCUUCAUCUUAUCUGCCCAAGCAGAGCAACGAGAUUCCUGGAUCUUGUUGGAAUACCCUCACUAACUGAAAGGUGCAACGACUCCUCACCGUCUACUUGAAAGGUUUAUAGCUGAACUUAACCACUGUGGAAUCGACCUGGUAGUUUCAUGUACGUGGCCGUCAAACCUUGAAUAAAAAUCACUUUUGCCAUAUUUUGACGUAUCCGGUUUUAUCCAGCUAUUUUAGAAAAACCGAGCAGGUCAGCGCAUUAGAUGGCAUCUGCAACAGAUUCAAGAUACGGACAGAAGGAUGCAUCAGAUCAGAAUUUUGAUUAUAUGUUCAAGCUUCUCAUUAUUGGAAACAGCAGCGUGGGAAAAACAUCUUUCCUUUUCAGAUAUGCAGAUGAUACAUUCACAUCAUCCUUCGUCAGUACUGUUGGUAUCGACUUCAAAGUGAAGACGGUUUACAGAAAUGAUAAAAGGGUCAAGUUGCAGAUUUGGGAUACAGCUGGUCAAGAACGAUACAGAACCAUUACAACUGCUUACUACAGAGGAGCCAUGGGCUUCAUACUUAUGUAUGACAUUGCCAAUGAAGAAUCCUUUAAUGCAGUACAAGACUGGGCAACCCAAAUCAAGACCUAUUCGUGGGAUAAUGCACAAGUCAUCCUCGUUGGAAAUAAGUGUGAUAUGGAAGAUGAACGUGUAAUCCCUGCUGAAAAGGGAAAACAUCUGGCUGAGCAGUUGGGAUUUGAGUUUUUUGAGGUCAGUGCCAAAGAAAACAUCAAUGUCAAGCAGGUCUUUGAAUGUCUAGUAGAUAUCAUAUGCGAGAAAAUGUCUGAACGCCUUGAUUCAGAUCCAUCAAUGGGCAGUGGCAGUAAGCACACGCGGCUGACAGAUAACCAACCAUUGAAGCAGCAGAACUGUGCCUGCUAGUGACCAACAUCUUGAUGAUCUUUGACCAUUCCCUUUCUAUCCUGCUUCACUUUAUAGUUGCAUGUGCUAUGAAGGCAAUCCAAUGUCAAUUCAUUCGAUAUUAUAAAGAUGGGUAGAAGUAAUACAUUUAUUUAUUCUUUAAGAUGUGUUUAAAUGUUAUGUACUUUUGUACAAAGUGGACAUCAACUGCAUUACAAACUUUAUUAUAUUACUAAUUGAUUAUAUAGAUAUUUCUGAAACCGAGCCAUUUCAGUCCUUCUGAAUUGGAAGUAGAGAUUUUCGAUGUUUAAAUACUUGCUGUAACUUGGUUUAGCCAGGGAAGUAAUGAGGUUAUCAUGAAGGAGUCAAUCAAGUAAUAGCAAUGAAUUCAAAAUAACCUAUCAGAAUUAAGGGAAUGAUUUUAUUAAGUUUAACAGAGCAGUUGAAAAGUUGGCAGAAGUAUCUCUGGCUGAUUUGAUGUAAAGUAAAUGGAAGAAAUAUUACAUUAAAUUAAAAUUACUUUAUAAAAGUAAGAGCAUUAUUGGACUUCAAUGCCUAUAACUUCCUUUUAGUAUAUUCUACAGGGAUUAGAUUCUAUAGUUAUAUUUAUUAAACUUCUAUCUAGAGUCUAAUUGUCAUGAAAAUCAGGAUGUUCUCAUAUUGUGACACGUGAGUUGUCUCUUUGAAGUGAUGGUCUGGAGAUAUGCCACUAAUAUUGCAAAUUCCUUGAUCCAUUUUCCUGUGUGGAACAUCAUUAGGGCACAGGAUGGACUCUCAUGACCAACUUUGGACAUGCUACUGAAUCCCAGCAAUGGUGCAGGUUUGCUGCGAUUCCAGAAGGAUCAAGUAGUAUUAUGAAAAAUACUAAAUAUCAAAUCAACCACAUUAGUUAAGUCUGCAAUCUUCAGCAGCAAAGUAUUAAGAACAAUAUGGUGGGUGGGAGGUGGUAGUAGAAGUGGAGGAUUAGAAUUAGAAUCCGUGAUACUUGGGGGUUUUAACAGUGCAUGCUAGAACACAUUUCCUGCAACAGUUCUUGUGCAGUGGUCAUAUAAUUGACCAAGAGAGUGAUAACAUGCGUUCCAGUAUCCAGUCUCCCCAACACCUCUCUCUCUAUUUGCAUGUCAUGACAGGGAAAGGAAAUUCAACAUAAAUAAAGAAAUCUUGCUGAGAUUGUACAGAGCUUUUGUUAAAUCACAACCAAAUAUUCGGUACAGUUUCAGUCUCUGAAAUUAAAUAAUAUACUUGCUUUGGAGUAAGUGCAAUAAAGUGUCAUUAGAUUUAUUGAUGGAAUAAGGAAUUAUCCAUUGAAUAAACAUGUGGUAAGACUGACCUAUACUCAGGUUAGACGAAUGGGAAAUUAUGUACAAGACUCUUCUCUCCAUAGAUGCUGCCUCACCCGCUGAGUUCCUCCAGCUUUUUGUGUCUACAGUAGAAGUGGAUGCUGCUUUAGCAGCUUUGGAGCCAAGGAGGAUUAAGGGCUAUGUGCGAUUGAAAUACUUUGAACUUUCUUUAUUCUAAGGAUUAUAAUUGUUUGACUUCUUUUCAUGAGGGGUGUGGAUAUUCAUCUUUGGGAUAUAAUCAAAGCUGAAAUUUAUCAUUUUUCAUCCACUAAAGGAGCCAGAGGAUAAGGUUUGGGCAGCAAAAGGAACAAGGGACAGGAUCAGUAACAUACCAUUGAAUGGUGGAGUAAAGUGGCCUCCUACUGGUUCUUAUAAUCUUAUGAUAUCAAACUCCACUAUCUACAAAACCAUUAACAAAAAUAGCUUGUUUUUUAUAUAAAGUUUCUUACAUUACAGAAUAAUCCAAAAAUGCUUUUGCACUGCCAACAUUGAUUAGGAAAGCAAAAAAAUCAGAUGGGAGAUUGAUGGGACAGUAAUAGUAUAGUAUGCACUAAGAGAGUACUUUUCAUUUUCAGGUAACAAUUACCUCUACAUUGAUUUGCGCAGAUUGCAGAAUCUCUUGCUAAUAGCAUUCAGUUUUGCUUGUGUAACAUUUGCAUAAUUAAUCACAAUUGUGGGUGCAUGGGUGCAGGUGGUUCUGAGUAGGAGAGAAAUAAUUAUGUAAAAAAUAAGGAGAAAAUUAAGGGGAAUGCCACAAAGAAAGAAAUAAGAAAAAAUUUGCAUUUAUAUGGCUUUGUUCAUGUUACCUAAAGUUCUUUUCUGCUGAAGGGAGAAUAUUUCAAGUGUGUCUGCUUUUGUAAUGUCAGAAAAGCUGCAGCCCAUCUCUUCGUAAACCUGAUGCGGUAACGGUGAAAUUUUUACAUAUUCCGGUAGAGAUUUACCUCAUGGAGGAUGGGUAGGAUUACUUCCUGAUCAUACAGCCAGUAGUUUCUCCAAAUGUAUUUAAGAAUGUUGUACAUUUAGUAAUUACAAAUUCACUUUACAGAGCUGUACCAAAAAUCAAAAACCUGGAGUUGUUAGAAACAAUGUUUUUUUUUCUCUCCACAGAUCUGUAAAAUGAAUUUGUCAAUCUAAAUGUACAACAUUCCUAUAUUGUUUCUUUUGGAGAUAAGAGCAUCUAAUUACAGUUAAUGUACAAAUUAAGGUAAACAUAGAAACAUAGAAAAUAGGUGCAGGAGUAGGCCAUUCGGCCCUUCGAGCCUGCACCGCCAUUCAAUAUGAUCAUGGCUGUUCAAAGGUAUUGAAUAGCAUCUAGAAACAGUAUGGCACUUACUUCAGAGCAGAAACUUAAAUAAUUUAAGGACAGUAACUAUUGAAAGUAUGUGUGAAGUGCAUUCAAAUUCUGGGACCUACACUUUAUUAACUGUAAUUAGACCCUCCUAUCUGUAGGGGGCACUACAACAUUCCCACUGGCGUGAAACUAUUUACAGCAGCAAACUUUAACGCUAUCAUAUACCGUUUUGGCGCAUUUCAGGGAUCACAUACGCUCACACACAUACAUAGAAACAAACAAGAUGAGAGUUUUAGUAAUAUACUAGACCAAGUGCAGACCCGUUGGGACUGUUCCC